UGCAGUGCAGCGCGCGGCGCAGUGGUGCAGCAGGCGUCGCUCCGGGCAGUGACUCGUCGUCAUGGACCCAAAGGUCGGCGUGCUGCUUCUGCUGGCUGCAUUUCUCACGACAGCGUCCUCCCGAAGCAGCUCUGCGUCAUCUUCGGCGUCCGAGCUGCCCCCUGUAACGAAGACUUCAGCGCCGACGACGAGACUGACGGAACAGGACACACUGGACAACGACGAAGUGGAGGCAGUUGUGGCGGUGGACAGCGCCCAAACAGUGAAGCAGCAGCAGCGGGAGCAGAGCGGUGAUGACGGCAACGAGUACAGCUUCGAGUAUUCAGUGCGAGACUCGCGCACGGGCGACGCGAAGAGGCAGGAGGAGCGGCGGCGCACGGGUGGCGUGGUCCUGGGCAGCUACUCGCUGCUGGAGGCGGACGGAAGCCAGCGCACCGUGGAGUACUCGGCGCACCCUGUGCACGGCUUUACAGCCGUCGUGAGGAGGGACGCUGGCGUUGGCGCCGCGCUCUUCGUGAAGGGGCCGUUCCCUACCGCCACGCCGGCCCUCGCCCCGGCACUGGCGCCGGCACUGGAGCCGGCCCCGGCCGUGGUGCUGGUGCGGCAACUGCGGCCCCAACAGCAGCUUCUCUUCGGCCCGGACGCGCCGCAGCAGCAGCUCGUGUACCGGGGCGUGCCGCAGUCGACCGCCCCACAGCUGCUGCAGGUAGUAACGCCCGCCCCUGCGCGUCUGCAGGCCCAGGCCAGCACGCCCCUGCCACUGUCGUCAGGACGCCUCGUCGCCGUCGAUGUGCAGCGACCGUCGGUGCCCUCGUCUGAGGACGGCUUUGUCAACAUCGGCGGCCGCGAGAGGGUGUCGCCGGCAACCUCGGUGCCAGCCGGUCAGGUUCAGGGCCCGCACCUGCUGCUGCAGUCGCUGCCGCUGCUUGCCCUGGCCCCGGCCGCACUUCACGGUCCUAACACGUCGCCCGCCUCCUCGUUCUUCUUCUUCGGACAGCAGCACCAGCAGCCGUCUGCAGCUAGACCUGAGGCUCCAGCCGCACACAGGGCCUUCUUCUCGCUGCCCCUGGUGCAGUACGGCCCCGCCCCCUCGGGCUCCGCCCCCGCAGCCGCCACCAGCGGCCAGGCGUCCGCUUCUGCCGCCUACCGGUUCCCCCACCCUGACCCCCCAGUGCACUUCGCCACUUCUGGCCAGGGCUACACUAGUGCAGUGUUCACGGCCUUCACUAACCCCUACGUAAGCUAUGCGUACUAAGCGGCUGCGUGGAAGAGAGUUGUGAUAAAACGAAGGGCGGGAAAGCUUCUUAGGGAAAAUGCGAUGCGUCGUUAUCCCGCAUUAGUCAAGUACUGCCACAUGCCUGGAGAUGUGCUCCUAUUAUUUACUUCUUUUACAAGUUACAGAAGACGCAACAAGUUUGAAAUCUUGCACUCAGGAAACUAGCUUGAUUCAAGUGCAAGCUGCUGACACAAGAUGAAAUUCACCUUUGAAACAAAGCAACAUUGUCUUUAGAAUAACAUUUUUCUCUUAUUCGAAAGAAAAUGUCAGCUUGUUUCAAGAGUAAAUUUGAUCCUGUCUCGGCGUGCUCUUGAAACAAGGAAAAAUUUACUUAAAACAAGAAACGAUUUUUAUGGGUGUGCACUAUCAGCGUUCUUCAAUAAUUGCUAAAGUUCCGUCUUUAAACUUUGUGUGAAUCCUGCUGGCGCCGUUUGUUCUCCGGAAUUAAAAAUAAGCGUUUUGC